UUGUGAAAGAGUGGCGGUGUUUUAUCUACACAAUUUUUCUUCCUCCGUGCACGACUAGGUAGUACUUACUUACGGUCUUGCAGUUCUUGCAUCUUGCAUGUCACUGUCAGUAGACUCAACAUCAUUGAAUGCUCUAGAGCUACAGGAUAAUUGAUUGCUGCUCCGAAACAAAGCAUCACUACUUGGUUUUUUUAAGCUUUUUUCGCCUAAAUGACAAUGGCUUAUAGGGAUCGUGAUCGUGGUGGUGAUAGACGAGGAGGUGGUGGUGGCCGUGGAGGCGGUGGCGGUAGAUACGGAGGCGGUGGUGGAGGCGGGCGAUCAGAUGUCGGAGGACGCUUCGGUGGAGGCGGCGGUGGCCGAGACGGUGGUGGUUUUGGAGGUAGAAGUGGAUCCUUCAAAAACUCACAACCUGGUGAACGUCUACGCAAGCCAAGAUGGGACAUGAGUAGCUUGCAAAAGUUUGAAAAGGACUUUUACAGGCCCCAUCCUAAUGUUAGUAGCCGCAGUCCCCAUGUCGUAGAAGCCUAUAGGUCUGACAAGGAGAUCACUGUCAAAGGUAACAACGUUCCAUCCCCAAAUAUCUACUUCGAGGAAGGUGGCUUUCCCGAUUAUGUCAUGGCGGAAAUUCGUAGGCAAGGUUUUGGUGAACCCACUGCUAUCCAGGCCCAAGGAUGGCCCAUAGCUCUCUCUGGUAGAGACAUGGUGGGUAUUGCUCAAACAGGAUCCGGCAAAACACUAGCCUAUAUACUUCCAGCGAUCGUCCACAUCAACAAUCAACCUCGUCUCCAGAGAAAUGAUGGGCCCAUAGCCCUAGUUUUGGCUCCAACGAGAGAAUUGGCUCAACAGAUUCAGCAAGUUGCUAUAGAUUUCGGUGUUUCUUCUCAAGUAAGAAACACCUGUGUGUUUGGUGGUGCUCCCAAAGGACCCCAAGCACGUGAUCUAGAACGUGGUGUAGAAAUCUGUAUAGCCACACCGGGUCGUCUUAUCGACUUUUUGGAGCGCGGAACAACCAAUUUGAGAAGAUGCACCUACUUGGUGUUGGACGAGGCUGAUAGAAUGCUGGACAUGGGUUUUGAACCACAGAUUAGGAAAAUUGUAGAACAAAUUAGGCCAGAUCGUCAAACUCUCAUGUGGUCUGCAACGUGGCCAAAGGAAGUGCGCAACCUCGCUGAAGAAUUCCUAACUAAUUAUAUUCAAAUUAAUAUUGGAUCGUUGCAGCUAGCUGCUAAUCACAAUAUUCUUCAAAUCGUUGAUGUCUGCGAAGAGUAUGAAAAGGAAAGCAAACUCAUAAAACUUUUGGAAGAGAUUUCAAACGAGCCUGAAAACAAAACAAUUAUUUUUGUUGAAACCAAAAAAAAAGUUGAUGAAAUCACAAGGGUUAUUAAUAGAUACGGUUGGCAGGCAUUAGCUAUCCAUGGUGACAAAAGCCAGCAGGAUCGUGAUUAUGUUUUGAACCAGUUCAGAAGCAGCCGAUCUGCAAUUUUAGUGGCAACCGACGUGGCAGCGCGAGGUUUAGAUGUGGAAGACGUCAAGUUUGUGAUAAAUCUGGACUACCCGUCCAAUUCCGAGGACUACGUCCAUAGAAUCGGACGUACGGGGCGAUCACAGCGCACAGGCACAGCCUACGCUUUUUUCACCCCCGGAAACGGGCAUAAGGCUAACGACUUGAUCCAAGUACUCGAGGAAGCAAACCAGGUCGUUAAUCCCAAGUUGUACGAACUGUCAAGAAACCCAGGAACUUUUAAACGUGGUAGAUUCGGCGGCGGCCGCAGUGGAGGUGGAGGUGGUCGUAGUGGUGGACCACGAGGUGGUGGUGGUCCCCGUGGAGGCCGCGGUGGUCGCGAUGAUCGAGGGGGCGGAGGUAACCGGUUCAGAGACCGAAGCACAGAUAGAGGAAAUUUCAAAUGGGGUGGUAACUCUGGAGGUGGGUUAGGAAGCGGCUAUGGAGGCAACAAAAGCUUCGGUGGACAGAGUAGUUUUGGUGGUCUAGGUAGCGGUGGGGGUGGAGGCCUUGGCAGUGGUGGUGGACUGGGCAGUGGUAUGGGCGGAGGUCUUGGUAGCAGUGGUGGUUUAGGCAGCAGCGGUGGCGGUGGACUGGGCAGUGGCUACAGCCACAAUGGAAACAUGUAUGGAAGUGGAGGCGGUAGCGGCUACGGAGGUCGAAUGCAAAAUGGAUAUUAAAUGUCUCGUUAAGAACUCAAUGUACAUUAGAAUUAGAGAGAACUCAAGGACUGGUCUGGGAUACAUCAUCUUAGCGCAGAUUUUUUUUUAUUUUUACUUUCAAUUAUAUUCGAAGAUAGAUCAUACUCAAUUAUAGUCUGAUUAAAUACUGGACAAGAGUAUUCCUUGUAAUGGAUAUUAAAUAGAUAGCAUUAAUUCAGCUGCUCUUAGAGACCAGUAGAAACUUUUAUUUCUAGGUUUUGAUAAGUUACUCCAUAUCUCAUGCAUAAAAUAUUCAUUUCCAUCUCUAAGGCAGUAGAUGAUGGUAACUACAGUAAGAAAUAAUCUCAUAAGGUAUUGUUAUUUAAUAAAAUUAUUUUAUAAAAUCUAUCAAAACGUCUGCAUACACCGUACUGUAAAAUUUUCAAAUAAAAAUCGUUUUAUGCAGAAAAUAA